GUGCACAGUACAACUUGACAUUGCGAACAGUGUCGACACACACACAAGCACCGGCAGCGGUUUUUUAAAUGUUAUAGUCUGUUUUGUUUAUAUUUACUUCUUCUGCCAACACGCGUUGCUAGAAGAACUUAAAUCAUAUCAACGCAUGUAGCGAAUAAAAAGUUAACAGUUUUUCUGACUAUUCCGCCACCAGUUUACGUGCGUUAUUUUUGUUUAGUGGACAGUGACUAUCGGCUUCACCAUUGCUUCUUUGCACCACCUUAGGCCGCCAGGCCAACCCGGAGCUCCAUUUAUGAUGUCUACUAUUCAUUCACCGGAAAACGGAUUAAUAUUCUCACAACCACCCGAUGUACUAAAACAACAUAUAAUGGUUGCUGAAUUCGUUGGACGUGGCCAAAGCGGUUCUCCAGUAAAUGGCGAAGUACCUCACUUAAACUCUGGCCUUCCUAAUGGACACAGUAGAGAAAUGUUAGCUACUAGCACCACUCCAGGAGCUGAUCACUAUGCUAUGCCUGGAUCUGUGAAUCAUAAGGAAUUAUUCUCACAACGCAAACAGCGAGAAUUUACUCCUGACAAUAAAAAGGAUGACAACUACUGGGAUAGACGGAGAAGAAAUAACGAAGCGGCCAAAAGAUCACGUGAAAAACGUAGAUUUAACGAUAUGGUUUUGGAACAAAGAGUGAUCGAGCUUACCAAAGAAAAUGCAAUUCUUAAGGCUCAGUUAGAAGCCAUUCGUGAAGAAUAUGGGAUUUGUGGGGAAAAUGUUGUCUGUGUCGAAAAAGUAUUGGCUAGUCUUCCCACUAGUGAACAGGUUCUCAGUCUAACAAAGCGUCAAAAAUUAGUACAUCCUUCUCCAGCACCACCUGUACUAUUUGCGCCUCAAAGCCCAGUACCUACUUCAGUGAUUCAUCAACCGUUGAGUUCUCAACCAAUAACCCAUACUUCUAUGCAUCAAGUGCCUAUUGAACCCGCUUUUAGAGAACAUCCAGAUUACCAUUCAACCUACCAAAUGCCUUAUAGACAUCCAUCCCCUGGUGCCUUAAACUUGUCUGCAAGAAGACCACGAAGUUCACCCUCUCCUUUCGAACUAUCAAGUACGUCUGGAGACGAAGGACCUCCUACUCAACCAGCACCCACCGAACCUAAUAAUAGUCUACCUUUGAAACUUCGACAUAAAUCACAUUUAGGCGAUAAAGACGCUGCAACCGCUCUUUUAGCCCUUCACAAUAUCAAACAAGAACCCUCCAGGGCUACUCCUCCUUGGGAUGGAGAAGGAUCUUCAGACGAAAGGGACUCUGGCAUAUCUUUGGGGGCUGAAUGGACGGCAUCACAAGCUGCGGCUACCUUACAAUCUCUCCAAAAGAGUUCCCAAAAUACCCAGGAACCCAAAGCGCAUCCACUUCAUUCUGAGAUUGUCAGGUUAACCACUGAGGUGGAGCAGCUAAAAUCCUUAAUGAAGGAAAAAGAUGCUCGCCGCCACUAAGUACUGUGAUCGCUCCCCAAAGGGGCUAUUUAUUUUAGGGUUAGUUAAUUUAUUUUAAUUAGGUAAGAAACUCAAUUAAAAAUGGAUUUGCACAAAAAUAUUUUGCAGGGCUAUCUUUGUUCUGAUUUUGCCAGUGUAAUUAUUCCUAUUUUCCUUUCGUAUAAAAAGUAUUCUUUUAUGCUAUAACCAUCUUAAUAUUGAAAAAUUAGAAAUUGCUAUCCGUUUUGUAGUUUUAUACAAAAAAGUUGAUAAUAGCGGCAAGAUAACUUGCACGGUGUUGUAUUAUUUCCCUGUUUUAAUAUACAUGUUAAUUGAUCUAAGGCUACUAUCCUUCUAUAUUUAUGUAUGUAUGCUAUUGUACAUCAUUACAACUGAUAAAAAAAAAAUUAUCCCGAUAUUUGUAAUAAUUAUUAUAUGGUAGGGAAUUAUCGUACCUUUUAUUAUUAUUAAAACUAGCUGAUGUAAGAUUGUGUGAUUUUUGUAACGAUUUACCCUAUGGAAUUAUUUAUGUAUAAAUUGUAUGUAUAUUUGUUACGUCAUGUCAAUGUUCCGGACUCUAAAUUAUUUAAUUUUUUGCUAAAACUUUAAUCAAUAAGGCCGGUCUAAAAAGCUGGUCCAUAAACUUAAAUCUUUUAGUCUCUGGCUCGUGUUUAAGUCUUAGUCCGGCUGCUGACAUUCACCCUAUAUUGAAAGGAAAAUAUAUAAAGAAAAUAUUGAUAUAUUUUCAUAUUACCGUUUUAAUGUAUCCUAAUUAUAUUUAAAUAAAUAUUUGCAUCGUUUUUCAAAA